AAAUGGAUUUGAGUUUUUCUUUUCCAUUGCCAUGCAUGCUGAUGAUUCUGACUAUAAUUAAUGGCCAGGAUUGUGCUGAUAUAAUCCGAAUUUCUGGGAACGUUGGUGGGAAUAUUUCCAUCCCUUUGGAAAUUCACAAAGAAAGCUAUAUCACAGUCUUUAAAGAGGCAGACUGUACUUUCUCAAGAAAUGUGAGCAUGGAUGAUUGUGAAGAUCCUAUGUGUCUGAGGAAUGGAAACUUGGAGAUGAUUAAUUUAUCAGAAGAUGAUGAAGGAACAUAUAAGAUUACAGCUGGAAAUGACAGCAAAAUUUUCUUACUUAAAGUAUGUGAGCUGCCUCCGGUUGUUCAUAUUCAUUGCUUAGCUGAUGGAAGAGCCAACCUAUCCUGUGACAUAGAUAAUAAGUCUAAUCGCAGUGUUUACUGGACUCUGAAUGAAAGGCGUCUGAAUGAUUCUAAUGCUUGUCAGAAGGAUGCUGGCAAGAGGAUUAUUUUAGAAAAAGGAGUACAUGGAAAGUUGGUUUGCCACAGAAGCAACACCUGCAACAGUUCCUCCAUUGAGGUCUUGUGUAAUCAUGGGGACCUGCUACAGCACCCACUCUUCCUGUAUAUUGUAGCAGCAUGUGGAGCCGGGGCACUCCUUCUGGCCAUCAUUGCCUCACUGAUCACAUGCAGCUGCAUGAAAAGCAAGCAUCAUUUCACUCCUGUGCCUGCAGAAGAAGAGAAGGAUGAAGGACUAACUCUGUCUGCCAUUUCCAGUGAAGGACCAAAGAGUCCUCCUAAUGGAGACCACUGCGAAGCUACCGAAGUUCUUAUUGACAGUAGCCCCAAUACUGGUCUUCAGACCAGUGAAAGUUUUAAACCGGAGCCCAAGAUGGAUCCAAAUAUUGCAAUGGGACCUGAGGUGGAAUCAGAGCCUAAAACAGAGGAAAUGGCUGAGACAGAGUUUCAAGAGGUUGACAGCGCAGCUCUGGAAACUGUGGAUGACUGUUUCCCUGAUCCUAUUGAUGCUUGAUCAGAUGUGCUCUCCUUUAUGCCUUUCUACAGAUUAGGGCAUUGGUGUUUCUUCAUUCCAAGCUAUCUCAGAAUAAUAGUGCCCUGUAUAAUUGCCUACCUUCAAUUAGCCAAGCCUGCAAACCCACAUAAAAAUAGUCUACACAAAACAAUGUGCUCCUACUUUGAAAAGAUUUAGAAUUGAAUAUGAGAAAACUAGGUCUCGUUGCAGAUUUUUGUGUUCAUAUGAUCCAAAUGGUUCCUCCUUUGCUUCCAUGUCAGUGUUCGGUCAUCUUGGAUCCUUGAGAUUCUUGGUUCUGCCAAGCAUGAGCAGGAGGACACACAACUGAUAAAUACCAUAGGGAAAUUCCAAAGCAUUGUAUACUGGUCAGAGGCCCCUAGACAAUUCCAUAGACAUUUUGAAUAGCAUCACUGAGAUGUUUUGCUUUUGCAGAAUCUUGUGGUUAAAAGCAGUAUUGUCCAUCAUGCUGGGUGUUUACAUGAACCAAAGUUGAUCCUUAGGCUUUAGGAUAAGGUAUCUACAGAUAGGUAAGGUAUCUACAGUAGGUGUCCUUAACCUGGAACAGAUGAGGGAUGCAGAUAAAGGAUAUUCUUGGACUGCCUCUGACCUUCUUGCAUACUAUGUGCAAAGUGGAGAUGGUGGCACCACUUGGACAGUGAACCCUUUGCCAGGCUGAGGGCUCAGAGAUACAUCCAACCUCAUUGCCUAUUGGAGUCAGUACUGACAAGCAUUCCUCUAGUCCCAAAGUCUCUCUAUGUGGGGGGGGGGUGCUUUUUUAAAAACUAGUUUUAAAUUAUUAUAUUCCCCUCAAAGCCAUCACAUUUCACCCAUUCUUACUUAGCAGAAGGAAGAGAACCUCUGCCCUCACUGCUGUAUGCUCUUUUGAAGGAGAAGCCAAAAUAUUUUCCUGUACAUAUUCAUGCUCACAGUAUGUUACUGGCAGGUAGUUUAGGACAGCGAGAGUUGUUUUGUCUUUAUUUUGUUGAUGAGGUUUUCAUCAAAAAUUGACUGCUGGGCUAAGCAAUUGAGUAAUUCGUAACCAUUUAUCCUGUUUUUUUAAUGUUCUAAGCAGUUCACACAUACUGGCAUUAUAAAAGACAAGCAGGUGUUUCAUUAUUUUGCUUGUCUUCCUUGUGGGCAUGCUGGCAGCUGAUUCCCAAUGAAAGGCUCGAGAAAUUCAGACAGCUUUACCCCUGUUGUGAGAGGACUGCUGUGGUCCUUAGCUAGAUAUAAUGGUUUAGCUGCCACCUGAAACCCUGCAAGCAAGUACAUGGAGGAGAAGCCUAUCAAUGGCUAUGAGAGAGAGAGGAUGAUUAUAUGCUAUUCCCAGUAGUGGAGGCAGUAUGCCUGGGAACAUGAUGGGAAAGCCCUGUCGGCACCCACUGGCCACUGUGUGAACAGAAUGCUGGACCAGAUAAGCCUUUGGUCUUACCCACUGGGGCGCUUUUAAUGUUCAUAAGUACCUUAAAUAGAAACAAUGAGAUGAUCGUGGUAUCCUUUGUCAACUUUGCAGUCUGAUUAAGCAAAUGACUUUAAUUUUAUUUAGGUGGCUGGAUUUCAUGUGACCAUGAAUAUCAGUAUAAGGCUUGGAACUGUGACUUGAGCUCUCGCCACCAGAGAGGAAGGAGCAUGUGAUUUCCUCCUGCUUUGAAUGCCAUGAAAAUAUAAAUGCAGACUGUGGUGGGAUAUAUUAUAUGGUGAAUUAGCUCUGAGCUUGUCCAGUGUACUUUUAAAAAAAGGCUGAUGGUGGCAGUUGCAGCCCUGAUAUUACAUUACAUUAGAACUUGGAGAUGAAAAGGAAACAAUCUGAGAAUGUCUAAACAAUUGGCUGUUGCUAGGCUGGCAUUUCGUUGGUCAGGAGUCAGAAUUUAUAGUAGGCGCUUAAGUCAAGGCAGCUGAUGUUCAUGUUCCCUCCUCUUUGUGAGAACAUUGCAGUAAAGACUUGCCUUGUCUGCCAAAGAUUUUUACUGCUUGCACCUUGGUGCAGGACCUUCUCACACAUGUUCUUCACAGCUUUAUUGCCAUGCCUGUACCCAUGAUGCUUGUAGAAGGCCUGCCUCUUGAACUCUGUACUGAUCUGAAGUACAGGAAUGGCUAGAAUCCUGUUUUGCUUUUAUAACUGAAAGCUGCGUAUUUACUGCACUAGAGAAGAUGCAUAGAAAGCCAAACCCUAAAAUAGCUUUAAGUACUCCGCAACACAGCUAGAGGAUGUGAUGUCCCCCCCCCCCUCCUCCUUCUUGCUGUACUGCAGCAAUUGAAGCCUGGAAAAUUCAUUCUGCUGUGACGUUUUUAACCUGUGUUCAUGCUGCAGUAGUUUUUUAUGAUGCUGUAUCAAUCUAAUAAAGUGAUUCUUUUAUACA